AUGCCGCCCAACAAGCUGCCACCACCACCCUUAAUCGAUCACGAAGAUUUUCGAAGGAUUAAAGGCAAGCGAUUUGACGGACACGAUUCAAGACAGGCGCCUAUUAAACAAAAAACUCGGACUUUCGAGCACCAUCCGAAGCCCGAGGUCAUCAGGCACAAAGAAGAAAAACACAUGUACCUACCAGACCCGGAACAUGUCAUGCCGAAGAAUAAGGUCGUCGAACGCCAUCUAAAGCCGCCAAUCAUACGACACCAGUUAGAGCAGCAUGUCUAUUUACCAGAUCCGGUGGUGCAGUAUGAGCACAAGGUUCUCUAUGAAGGCGGUGCUUACCAAAGAUCUACAGUUGAGUAUCAAAAAUAUGGAGAGAGCUCGCAGAGUGCUGUGAGGAAGGCAGGAAAGUCUUCGAAAGACAAUAGGCGAGAGGAAUAUGAAUCUGAUGCCUCGAGGAAGGGCCUAUGUAGCCGGAAAGGCAAACACAAGCGGAGAACUGACGAAACUCAUGAUGAUUGGUACAGGAGAUACUCACAAAAAGAAAAGGGCAAGCAAAUCGUCAACAGGCAUAACAGACACAAAAGCUCACUUUCUAGUAGCUAUGAUCACAAGCGAUCAACAAGCCCAGCUCAUGUUCAUGGUGUCGCCGGCGACAGUAGCAGGGCCGAGCAUGCCAGGAGGCCUCAAUCUCGCUCGCUCAAAAAUUCGAGAAGAGGAUCUCCUCGCAGAAGAUCCCAUCACCGAGACGACUCCAUACGUUCCGAACAUUCUAGCGAUCAUGAGUCCCAGACGUGUGCCUACAACGAAGAUGACGACGAUGCAUAUUACGGGAGCAAUACCGAUGAAAGCGAACGCGAAGUGCCACAGCCUUCUUCGAAGAAGACGGACACCGCACCGAAGCUUGACCAAAUGAAGGUUUCUAGCGCCUUCGACCCCUACGCCGCCCUCGGACUCCAAGAAGACCUAUCAAGUGUCGGUCAGAACGACAUCAAAGCGGCCUACAGAGGCCUUAUAAAGAAGUGGCAUCCUGACAGCAACGUCAACAAACCGCAGGAAGAACAGGAUAAAGCUGCAGAGCGGACGGCUGAUCUGAACAGAGCUUAUGAUAUUUUGGCCGAUCCGGCGAUGAGGAACGCAUAUGAUCGGACAGGGGAGACGGAGUUGUACAAGUUGGAAGAAUUGGCUAAGCGGGAUGGGGAGAACGAGGGGGCGCUUGUGAGACAUGGACGAGGAGGAGGAAUGGGCCUCAAGAACUUCUUCGAUAAGAAGUGA